AUGCCCGAAUACGUCUACGCUCUCCACGACUUCGCCCCGGAGCACGAAGAUGAGGUCAGCUUCCGUGCCGGCGAGCGAUUAGAAGUCAUCGAGAAGGAUGAUCAGUUCGGAGACGGCUGGUGGCAAGGUCGAAAUCUAGCAGGAAAAGUUGGACUGUUCCCUGUCUCCUACACUGCCCCAGCACCCCCAGCAGCCUCUGCUUCCACCUCCGCCGAUACCUCUGCAACUGUUGCUGCGACGAGCAAGUCCGUCUUACAGCCGCUGCAUGAGGAAAACGAAUCAGACUCUCCCAAGAUCGUUUCGCCGGUACCCAAGGCACUCCCAGCUCAGUUCCUCAAUGGAGGCAGCUACGAAAGUGAUUUCGCCAACGGGGAAGACACAUCGCUGCGGCUGGCUUCCGCGGCUGAUGGUGAAGUGAUGAAAGCCACGAUGACGGACGUACAAAAGGCCAUCGAACAGCUCGGUCGCGGUGGUGCCGGUGGGGAAGAUGGGGACGGAGCAAGGAGUUUCAGCUUUGCGAGCACCCGGGACGGGGCCGACACCGAGACGGACACAGAUUUUGAUUUAAGCGACAUUGAUGCAGCCACAGACGACACCAAUGGAGAGGAUUGGCACAAGAACGCGCGGAGGAAGCUGGCUGCUAAAGCCAGGAGAGCAGUCGAAGAAGCAGAGAAGCUCGAAGCCAUGAUGUCUGGCGACGACAAGGGCAGCAUCCGGAGGGAAAUCGUCCCACCUAUUGAAGUCGAGCUCAGCGAUGAGAGUGAUGCUGAGGAUGAGGAAAAUUUCACGCGAUCCAGCAAGUUCCACCGCCAUCAUUCGUAUAUCCCCGAGGAAGACGAGACUGAAUUGCUGGAAGAGGCUCAGGAAUCCAAGGAGGCUUUGAACAAGGAUGUCGUCGUCCCGCCGAGGGAUGAGACAGAGAUGCCGACAGCAACGGCAGCCACGUUGUCAUUCCCUGUCUUCUCGCCCCCGUCAACCGCUACGGAAAGCCAACCUAUUGCAGAGGAGACGGUUCAGAGGGCGGCAUCACCCGUCAAGCCUCUUUCUCCAGUUGCUACUGCCUUCACUGGGCCGACUGACCCCGUCGCUCCAGUCGCCAGUUCCACAGAGCAGAGACGCAGCAGCGUCCCUUCACAGCAGCCUGUAAAUGGCCAACCUCUGCCUUCCAUAGUUCAUCCAAACAAUCAGCACUCGAAGCAUGAUAGCAUUGUCUCGUCCUCGUCGGCACCUGCGAUGACGAUGCCCACACCGAUUAUCACAGUGCCUGUUCCUCAGCCUGCCCCACAGCCAGGGUUGCUGUCUCCAGUAUCCGACUCGAGGAAGACCCACCCGUCUGAGUGGAGCCUGGAGCAAGUCAUUGAGUGGCUCAAGACCAAAGGCUUCGACCAAGACGUCUGUGAUAAAUUCACCGAGCAAGAAAUCACUGGCGACGUCCUCCUCGAACUCGACGUCAACCUCCUCAAGUCCGAAAUUGGGAUCAUGGCCUUCGGGAAGCGUAUGCGCAUUGCCAACGCCAUCGCUGACCUACGACGCCCGCCUUCCAUCGAGUUCUCAGACCACCAUGCCUCCGAACACCCCUCCCCUUUGCAGAUGCAGCAUUCGACGUCCAACGCACACACGCAUUCGCGCACCCAGAGCCAGAGCCACAGUCACCAUUCGUUCCCUGGAGUGGGGCACGGGUAUUCGCAGAGCGUGCAGAGCUCACUUGGGAGCCCGAUGGGGUAUGGUGGGAAUGGGAAUGGGAAUGGGACCGCGUAUGGAGGGGGUCCGUUUGGGACAGUGCAGGAGAGCCCGGCGACGACGCAGAGUAACGGCAAAGGGGAUGGUGUUGCGUCGGCUAUUGCAGCUGCAGGUGGUGUUGGUUUGGGCAUUGCGAUGUCACCGAAUGCUUUGUCGCCUUCUGGGAAGGGACGCCCUGUCCAACUGCAGCUAUCACCGAGUGAUGGUGCUCUGAAGGAUUCUGCUGCUCGUUCAAUCGUUGCUGUCUCAGGUGGCCUUGAGGACGAAGACAGAGGCCAUAUGAGCGAGGGCGAAAUUGCACCCACAGCCACUAGUAUGCGCCGCCGUCUCUUUGGUCGUUCGCACGACUCUGCGGGUUCCAUCAUCAAUUCCUCCUCGAAGUCCAAAGAUUCCCCUGCUGCCUCUCCUACCGUUCGUGAUACCCCAGACAAAGACUUGAAGGACAAGGAUAGCACCAAGGGCAGUACGAAAGGCAGCACGAAGGAGAAGGACAAGGACAGUAGCAAGGACGCAGAUGCUACUGUUGGACGGAGGCACGCUCGUGCGAAGAAGAGCAUGGAUGCAAGCAGGCAUGGCGACAGGAUGAGCAUAUUCGGAGGGACAUUUGUGGGUACUUUGGGCAAGAGUCGGAAGCCACCUCCUAGUAGUAUCACCAGCAGUGAUGAUACCUAUGUGGAGAAGUCGUCAAGCAAGUUCAGUCUUCCAAGGUUGCAUGGGCCAUCUAUGUCUAUGCGCAAGUCCUCUUCCAACUCUCAUCGGCCUUCAACGCCCAGCGAUUCGCCCAAGGAUGUUGUUCUUAAUGACUCAUCUCCAAAGCAAGAGAAGAAGGACCACUCCACCCUCCGUAAGCGGACUUCUUCGAACGUCAAUGCUACUGCAGCUGCUGCCGCUGGGGCGACUGCUGCUGUUGAAUCUGUCAAUGGAGUCUCGGGCCCGAUCAAGCAGGGCCAGAGUAUUCUCGAACAAAUUGGAGAAGCGGAUCAUACAGGUUGGAUGAGGAAGAGAGGCGAGAGGUAUAAUACUUGGAAGAUGCGGUACUUUGUCCUUAAGGGCCCUCAUCUGUACUGGCUCAAGAGCAGCAGUAAAACGGAAACUCGGAUCAAAGGUUACAUCCACAUUGUCGGCUACAAAGUUACAGUGGACGAAAACGUGGACCCUGGGCGAUAUGGCUUCCGGAUUGAUCAUGACAGCGACAAGACACAUUACUUCAGCUCGGAAGAAAAGACGAUUAUUCGAGAAUGGAUGAAGGCCAUUAUGAAGGCGACGAUUGGACGGGACUACACAAAACCUGUGGUGUCGUCCUGCAAUAUACCCACAAUACCCCUGAUUGUCGCCCAAGCAAUGAACCCCGCCCCUCGACCUCCAUCUCCGACAGCUCGCGAUGCUACACAACGAGCACUACGAAGAGAGAACCCGGAGCAGCUUUCAAGUCGUGAUGCUCGAGUCUUGAUGGGUUUAUCUGGCUCUGAAGCGAAGGACGACCGAGCCCGUCUCGAUUCGUUCUUCAGCAGCGAGACUUCGACAGUCAAUGACGCCACGCCACCUACGCCGAGGAGAACAUCUGCGCCUCCACGGCCGUCGAGAGAGAUGAGAAGAACGAGCUCGAUCCGAACCGCGACAAACUCUGGGGACGAUGCCUUGAUCGAUUGGGCUAAUUCUCACUUGCCGGAGCACCUCCAAAUCAAUGACGCAAAUGGGUAUCUGUGUGGUGGUCUCACCCUGCUGCGUCUGGCAGAAUCGAUCAGGGGCCGACCGUCGUCGCCACCUAUUCCUGACUCGGCUUUUCCCGUGGACUCCAACGACGAUAAGCUGGAAGGGCUCUUCCGGCUCUUCGACUUUUUGCUCGACAACGACGUGAAGAUGGGAAGUGUCAGCAUCAACGACGUCCGGCAAGGCAAGAGAGACAAGAUUCUGCAGCUGCUACGCGCGUUGAGGGCGUGGGAGGAGAAGCGGAGAGCGUUGGCGAACACGAUCGCGAAGGCCUCUUCUCCCACAAGCUACAUGGUGCCGAUGGUGGUUAGUUGA